UACCGAGUGGGUCUGUUCUCACCAUCAGUCUCACUGGUCACCUACCACUGGGUCCUGUAGCACCAUGCUCUGCUUCACCACCAUAGUCUUGCUGGCAGCGACCUGCCUUCUUGUAAAUGCAGGUGAAGCCACAGAGACAGUUACCACCUGUGAGGGCAACAACAUCCAUCGCCUGAGCUGUGACAUUGGAGUGAUCAGCGUUCAGACAGCAUCGUACGGACGUACAGACAGUGUGACCUGCAGUGAGGGAAAACCUCCAAGUCAGAUUUCAAAUACAGAGUGCUCUCUGGCAGGUGUUGUGGAUAUCCUCAAGAAAAGGUGUAAUGGAAAAAAGCUGUGUGAACUGAGCGCAAAUAUCUUCACAACUGAUCCCUGCAGUGGCACCUUUAAGUAUCUGGAGACCAAGUACACCUGCCACCCAUCAAUUCACCAUGUGACAUGUGAGCGCUCUCUGGCACAUCUGCAUUGUGCUGAAGGGCAGGUUAUGUCUAUCUUCAGUGCUCAUUACGGGCGCCAUGACCGGAUCACAUGCUCCUACAGACGGCCCACCACUCAGAUCGAAGAUGCUGACUGCUCAAACCCCACCAGCAAAGUUGCUGAGAGCUGCAAUGGGAAAAACAGCUGUACUAUCACAGCAAGCAACUCAGUGUUUGGAGACCCCUGUGUCGGCACUUAUAAGUACCUGGAGGUGGCCUACGAUUGUGAAUACCGGGGAUCUUCUAAAACCAUGCUCUGCUUCAGACUCAGCACCGUGCUGCUGCUGGCAACAACAUGUUUGCUCAUGACAGCAGUUUCCACAGAGAGGGUUAUCACCUGUGACAACGGCCACAAUGUCCAACGCCUGAGCUGCGACAUCGGAGUGAUCAGCGUGCAGGCAGCACUGUACGGACGUACAGACAGAGAGACCUGCAGUGAGGGCAGACCUCCUCAGCAGCUUGCCAAUACAAGGUGCUCUCAAGAGGGCACAGUGGACGUCCUCAAGAACAGGUGUGACGGCAAGACAGUGUGUGAGGUAAACACCAAUUUGGUCCGUACCUCUGAUCCCUGCUUUGGCAUCUACAAAUAUGUGGAGACCAACUACACCUGCUUGCCAGCAAUUCAAGUCGUUGCAUGUGAGGAUUCCGUGGCACAUUUGUUUUGCGAUUACGGGCAGGUUAUAGUUGUCUAUGGAGCUGACUACGGACGCCGUGACCAGACUACCUGCUCUUACAAACGGCCUAGCUCUCAGACUCAAAAUGUCGACUGCUCAGCGCCCACUAGCAAAGUUGCUCAAAGCUGCAACGGGAAAAACAGCUGUACCGUCGCAGCGCUCAACUCCGUGUUUGGGGACCCCUGUGGCGGCACUUACAAGUACCUGGAGGUGGCCUACGUGUGUCAGUAUCCUGGGGUCACUCCACAGCAAUCUCUGUAAACACACCUGUCAUAUUACAAUCUUAUUACAUACAGUCAUAUCACAAUAAACAUGCACUGAGUGACACUGAA